GUCGGUCCUCACGGACUCUUCGAUGGAGUCCGUGAGGUUUCUCUUUCCUCUCUGCCCCGCUUUCCUCGUCCCGCGAUCCGUGAAGCGUAGCUUGUCCUCUCUCUCUUGCUCUUUCAAUCUUGAAUGUCCAUCCUCGUCCCGCGCUUGUUCGGUUUCCGUUGCUCUCGCAGAGGCCUCACCGAGCAUAUCGCAUGACUCGAGGCAUGUGGCCGACAGUUUACUUCGGGAUCUCGAACCGGUCGAUUCGCCGACGAUUUCGAACGCUCCGCGCGUCUGAGGUGAACCAACACACGAGGAGAACUCGAUCACGAACAUGCGCAUCAGGAGCAUCAACGACAGCCUUGUUCUCACGACGAAAGGCGAAGUGUCGUGGUCGACGACAGAGGAGCCUUUGACUCCCGAAGAAGAGGACGCGAUAGUGACGCUGGUAGUGGUCGUGGUUGGUAUCAUAGUCGCUAUAGUGAUACUAUUUUCGAUGGGGAUCUUCAUCGACUGCAAGCACCAGAAAAAGGACGCCCUGCUUAAGAAAAAAAAGCUUAAAUUGAGAAUGCCGCCGAUAUCCCGCAUAAAACGAAGCAUGAAGGACGAUGUGAAGGCUUUAGCCGCGGAUAUGUGUCCGAGCGGUACCAGCGACUCUGGAUUUCGAACGAGGGACGCCGUCGUUUGACACCCUCACUUCGAUCUGGAGUGCAGUGAUUAUCAGACGAUACUACGAAAUCGGCGGAGCGAAUUGUACGAAUUAAAUCGCUAUUUAUUUUAAGGAUACGCGAAAAAUAUCAAGUGUCAUAACAACGAUAGUCUUGAUUCCGCCGCGAAGUUUUUCGAGCAGACGUUAACAUUAUUCCCGUAACUGUGAUUUAUAUAUCGUUAUUUAUCUAUUCGUUAUAAAAAAAGAACCUCUCGAUCGCAUCGAUCGUAUUUAAGGAACUCUCCUUCGUGGGAGAGAAUUUCUGCGGCUCAAGAUCACGCGAGCUCAAUGUUUGCUCAAAUCCGAUAUUAAUUUACGAACUACGAACGAGUGAGUGCGUAUAUGGUAUGUGUGUAAACGUGUACGAAGGUAUGUUUCGUCGGGAAUCGAGAAAUUUCAUGUUUGUUUUUUUUUCGCGCAAACACCGAACGAUCUAUGCGCGCGUUUUAUCGCGAUCGCGAUUGAGACAGUGCCGAGGUUACAAUGUCUAGUCUAGUCGUUCCUUCGGCCUUGUAACGAUUAGCAAAUGGUAAUGUAACGUUCCAACGAGCCAUCGACUUCAUCGGGCAUCUUUCAAUAAAGAGUGCGUGAACGUCGACGUUUCGCCAACGAAUUGGCGAUUACGAUGUUCGAUAAAAAUGCUGACGUUAAUGGCGCGAUCGUUCCACGCCGCGCGUGCAUGGUGACCGAACGAUUCGACGCUCGACGUAUUUCCGAAUUGAUAAUUUAUAUUAUUUCUGGACGAAUAUACGUAUAAGUAAAAGUGUAUAUACAUAUAUAUACAUAUCUAUGUUAUAAGAGGUAUUGUCUGAAAGUAAAAGGUUUUUAUCACCUUUCAUGUAAUCGUUUUGUCCCGAAUGCAAAGACGUCAUUGUCUGAAAGAUUAAAUCACCAUGCACGUGAUCGUUUUCCACCGAUUCGGACCAAACAGGGAUAAGGGGGGAAAAUUAUGCCGCGUGACGCAAAUUUAAUCAUCUCUGUAAAUAUAUUAGUGUACAGAUAAAAGUCCAUAAAAAAAAGAAACAGAUUCGUAUGAAAUUUCACGCGAAACGUGGAAUGUUUUGGUAAAAACGAUUUAUGACGAGGCUGAAACAUUUAACUUGCAAAUGGACGAAAAGACUGCGUGGUUUCCUUCUCUGUUACUUUACUGCAUCUUCGUCCAUGAGAGGCUUCGCUUCGUUGUACCUUUGUUCGGCUAUGAAACAUUAUAUUACACAUGGAUCACAAGUUAAUUACUUAAUUUUAGGAAAUGCGAAACAUCUUGUCCCUCUUGUGCUGAUUUUUUAUUGAUAUUAAAUUGGUC